AUGCUGCGCAUCUCUGUCGCAAGAACGAGGCACCUCGCCGCCGGCGCCGUCGCCCCGAGGGUCGGUUCCCAAUGGCUUCACGCGCACCGGCCCGCUCAGAUGGCCUUCGGCCAGCGCUACUUUGCCGAUGUCAGGAAGACCGAUGAGACCGUUCUGCCCGGCUCGCAAAGCGCAAGGGCUGCCGAUGACAUCCCUCCUCCGCCGACCACCUCUCCCGUAAACCCUACACCUUCCGGUACCGUUCCUCCGUCCGAGGUCCCUCUGACGCCUCCUACACCUGGCCAGGUCCACGCGCAGUCGCCGCCUUCGGGAUCGGCCCCCGGUGCUGGCACUGGCGUGCCCCUUGGCACCGGCAGCGCUUCCGUCGGUCCUACCGCCGGCUCUCCCGCUCCGCCGCCCAAGAAGAAGAAGAAGGGUAGCUUCCGUCGCUUCCUGCUCACCUUGCUCACCCUGACCACCGUUGGAUACGCUGGCGGUAUCUACUACUCGCUCAUCUCCGACAACUUCCACGACUUCUUCACCGAGUACGUGCCCUUCGGCGAGGAUGCGGUUGGCUACUUCGAGGAGCGUGAGUUCCGCAAGCGCUUCCCUGGCGGCGCUGUUCCGUCCAGGCUGCACCAGCAGAUCCGUGGCGAGAACAAGGUCACCAUUCCCAGCAAGAGCGGUCUCUCCUGGAAGGUUUCCGACGAGAAGGAGGAUUCCAAGAGCGGCGCCGACUUGUCCAAGUCUGGCAGGCAUACUAGUGCAGUUGAGGAUAACAAGGCUGCCGUUUCCAAGGAAAAGAAGCCUGCUCCCAAGUCCGCGGCUCCGGCGAAGUCUGCUCCCGCUGCCACUGUUGCCCCGAUCGACAAGCUCAGCCUUGACGGAGCUACGGAGCCCGUUGUCCAGGAUGUUGUCAAGAUCAUCAACGAUAUCAUCACUGUGGUCAACGCCGAUAACGCGGGCUCGAAGUACGACUCUACCAUUUCCAAGGCCAAGGGCGAGCUCACCAAGGUCAUCAACGACAUCCAGACCAUGAAGGCUAUUGCCGAGAAGCAGAGCGAGGAGAAGAUCAGAAAUCUGCAUACCGAGUUUGAUGCUGGUGCGAAGGAGCUCGUCAGCCGGAUUGAGGCCGAGAUUCAGGGCCAGGAAGCCCGCUGGAAGGACGAGUUCGAAGCUGAGCGUGAGAAGCUUGCUCAGACCUACCAGAGCAAGCUGAGAGCUGAGUUGGAGGCUUCCCAAAAGGUCUACGACCAGAAGCUGAAGAACGAGCUCCUCGAGCAGGCCAUCGCGCUCAACCGUCAAUUUGCCAACUCGGUCCACGACCGCGUGGAGCAGGAGCGCCAGGGUCGUCUUGCCAAGCUCAACGAGCUCUCCGACGCCGUUGCCGAGCUUGAGAAGCUGACAGCCGAGUGGAACUCUGUCAUCGACUCCAACCUCCGCACUCAGCACAUGCUCGUCGCCGUCGAGGCCGCCCGCAACGCCGUCGAAAAGGCCGACCAGCCGCGCCCCUUUGUCGAGGAGCUCGCCGCCCUCAAGGAGGUCGCCGCCGAGGACCCCGUGGUCAACGCGGCCAUCGCCUCCAUCACCCCCGCGGCCUACCAGAAGGGCGUCCCCACGCCCUCGCAGCUCAUCGACCGCUUCCGCCGCGUCGCCUCCGAAGUCCGCAAGGCGGCGCUGCUGCCCGAGGACGCCGGCGUCGCUUCCCACGCCGCCAGCCUGGUGCUGAGCAAGGUCAUGUUCAAGAAGGGCGGCGACGGCCAGGGCCUGCCCGUCGGCAACGACGUCGAGUCCGUGCUCACCCGCACCGAGAUGCUGCUCGAGGAGGGCAACAUCGACGGCGCGGCUCGUGAGAUGAACGGUCUCAGCGGCUGGGCUAAGGUCCUGGCGAGGGACUGGCUGGGCGAUGCUAGGAGGGUGCUGGAGGUCAGGCAAGCGCUUGAUGUCCUUUCCACGGAGGCGAGACUACAGAGCCUGCUUGUAGAGUAA